GAUCGCAUAGUCAAACACUUUUAUAGUGUAAAUUAAAUUAUGUGAACGUAUUCUGUAUUAUUUUUCGUGAUUUUUGUAUAUUCGUUUUAAUAAAUUGGACAUUUGGCAACAUGAUUCUAUAUAUAAUAUUUGGAUUAUUCAUAUCAGGGCUUUGUUCGGAAGAAAAUGAAGAAACUUCAACUUUUUACGAAGACGAUGUUUUAUUACCUUAUCGUUCAAAACUUAAUCAUUUGACAGAACUUCCGCAAGACGACCAAGACACAAGCAACGUUCAACAGAAAAGUAAAACAUUAAAAAACAUACAAUAUGCUCCAUUGAUAGACAAAGAUGAAUCUUUAUCUACACGUGCAGUUAAUCAACCAAAUUUGAUACGUAAGAAAUCAAAUUUAGAGCCCAGAGUUAUUAAAACACCUCAAACUUAUGAUCAUGCGACUGAGUCUAAUUUGUUGCACUACGUAAAAGGACACAACAUUAUGGUUUCACAUAAAAUUAAUAAUUUGGAACCCAAUAUCAAUGUAUAUAAACAAGAAUCAUUAUCCGAAAAAAAUAAAGGUAACAAUCAAAAUAACGUAUUACCUCUUCCAAACAAUUAUCAAGAAAAUUAUGAGCAUGAGAAAGUUACAGAUACAAUAAAAACAUAUAAUAAAACAGAGAAACUGAAUCGUUUUAAAAAUAUAAAACCUUUACCAACAACGAGAAGCUUCAAAGAACUAUCAGAUUUGGAAAAAACUCAUAUGAAACCUGUUUUUAACCCAUUUGUAAAAGUACCACGGCUGCAUCUUAAUAUCGCGCGCGCUUAUAAUUUUGCUAAACUACCGUUAAAGGCGUCAUUUUUUAUUCAUCCCAGUGAACUUAAAAGACCAAAACAAUCUUACGUAUCAAAUAUUGAGAGCAUAAAAAAACUUUUUUGUAUGCGUUAAAAAACUCUAAAAAUACUUUGUGAACAAAAACAGUCAUUAAUAAAAUUUUGUC